AUGGGUGCAACAAGCAAAGAACAAACUGAGGAUCCAGUAGAACCUCAGUAUGACCGCAAGAGCGAAUUACGAGCAUUUGAUGAAACCAAAGCUGGUGUUAAAGGUCUUGUUGAUGCAGGCAUCACUGAAGUACCUCCGAUAUUCAUUCACCAGAAUGGUAUCCUGGAGAACAGAAGCUCAAGUAUCGGGAACAAAGGCUCGACAGCACCCAAAUUUCCUAUAAUUGACCUGGAUGGCAUUGGUUCAAACCCAAUCAGGCGUAGUGAGGUCAUCAAUAAAGUAAGAGAUGCAUCCGAAACAUGGGGUUUUUUCCAAGUAGUGAAUCACGGCAUCCCAAACAGUGUUCUGGAGGAAAUGAUUCAGGGAGCGCGUAGAUUCUUCGAGCAAGAUGAUGAAGUGAAGAUGCAAUGGUAUACAAGGGAUUAUACCAAAAGCGUCGUGUAUGUUUCUAACUUCGACUUGUACAGUGCACCGGCUGCAAACUGGAGGGAUUCCAUCCGUUGUAUUAUGGCCCCUAGUAUUCCAGGUCCAGAUGAAUUGCCUCAGGCUUGUAGCGAAAUUAUGACAGAAUACUCAAAGGAAGUAAUGAAACUUGGAUGGCUGUUGUUUGAGUUGCUGUCAGAAGGUCUUGGACUUCAUCCAAACAACCUCAAAGACAUUGAUUGUGCAGAACAGCUUUCUGUUCUUUGUCAUUACUACCCAGAAUGUCCACAGCCGGAACUUACCAUCGGCACCACGAAUCAUUCGGACAAUGAUUUCAUCACAGUUCUUCUCCAAGAUCAGGUAGGUGGUCUCCAAGUAUUUCAUCAGAGUCAGUGGGUUGAUGUUCCUCCUACACCUGGAGCUUUAGUUAUCAAUAUUGGAGAUCUUCUACAGCUUAUAUCCAAUGACAAGUACAAAAGUGCAGAACAUAGAGUACUAGCGAAUCGGGUUGGUCCACGAGUAUCAGUCGCGAGCUUCUUCGAUAGCUCACGUCCAAAAGGGAGGAUUUAUGGACCAAUCAAGGAGAUAUUAUCAGAAGAGAAUCCUCCAAUAUAUAGAGAAACUACCACGAAGGAAUAUUUCGAUUACUACUUAGCCAAAGGGCUUGAUGGCACUUCUGCUUUGCCUCAUUUCAAGCUCUAG